AUGCCUGCAGUGAGCAUGAGAAUGCUGACUGGUGAUGACGGAGUCGACUGCUGGAGUAAGCAGAGCAUUUGGGACGCCGCGCUUCAGGGAAUGAAAGUUAUCUUCUCCACUCAUGCUGUGCUCGCAGAUGCCCUUACUCAUGGAUUUAUCAAACUGCCACGUCUGGCUUUGUUGAUUUUCGAUGAGGAAGAACUUGGAUGCGACUUGUCGUGCCCCCUCGCUCAGCGCGAAGAGCUGUCAGAGCACACUUCUCAACAAAAGCUCACCAGAAUUGCGUAUUCUCAGUUUCACGACUCAGCAAAUUUACCGCCUUUUCUCAAGAAGUUGGAUGAAUUUGUCGAGGAGCUGCGCGAAGAUAGUGAAUUCAGAGGGUAUGUUAUGGCAGAUGAGCAUUUCAAGCUUCUUACAAAGGCCCGUAUGAUAUGGCAUCAACUGGGCACAUGGGCUUCUAGAUUCUUCCUCGUCAAGGUGCUGCAUCACAUUACUGUAAACGCUGCUGACCAUGAAAACCAACCCUCGCGUCGGUGUCUCGGUCACCGAUACUUAAACCUUUUGACAGCACUGAGAACCAUGACCGAGGUUAGUGUCCAAUUAGAGGCUCCCGGCAACACCUCCAACAAGGUUGAACGACUAUUGUUCUUCUUGAAAGAAAGGGCAUGUGCGGACUUCUCGGGAAUCAUUUUUGCCCGAGAACGAGUCACUGCGCACGUUCUAUCAGCGUUGCUCAAUACGCAUCCAGUCACCCGGGGUCUGUUUCAAUGCGUGCCUUGUGUGGGCAGCUCUGCUCGUUCUGAGCCCUGGGCAAUAUACGACUCGGUGAUCCCAAAGAAGGGCGAGGAUGUCGUCGAACAGUUCCGCUGCGGCAAAAGCAAUUUGAUCGUCGCCACCAAUGUGCUCGAAGAGGGCAUUGAUCUUCCAGCAUGUCACCUUGUCAUUUCAUUCGAAAUUCCAGACACCAUAACAUCCUACAUCCAGAGGCGGGGGCGAGCUCGACAGAGCACUUCUGAGUUUGCCAUAAUGGAAGAAAAGGAUGAUGCACCUCUGGCGUCACGUGAAUGGAAUAGGCUCGAAAAUGCAGUGCAGGGUAUAUUUUUGGACCAUGCUCGAUCUAACCAAAAAUGGGAGGUGGACGAUGGAGGACCUGAAGAUCAGAUUCUUCGAUAUCUUUUAGACACAGGAGCGCUGUUGACGACAGAGAAUGCCAUACCUCAUCUAUACCAUUUCUGUGCAACUUUGCGGGGUGAAACAUCUGACGAGACCACUCCUUCUUUUUCAUAUCAGAGAAACCAACAAGGCCAUUUUCUCUCUACUGUCUAUCUACCGAGUGGUGUCGAUCCUUCGGUGCGGAUAGCGACAGGGCACCAUUGGUGGGCCACAAAGAAGUCAGCACGACGGGACGCAGCUUUCCAGGCUGUUCGUGUGUUACACGACCAAGAGCUUCUCAAUGAUCAUUUUCUUCCAUUGUUUUUUGAUGACUCAGGGCCUGGACUAAACGAGCUCAAAGUUUUGGCCGCCGAACUUCCCCUUGUAGAGAACUUUACCAGCUUUUGGAACAACACUCAGGGUCAAUGGACUGAAAGGAAAAUGUACAGGUGUUGCAUUGAAGUUCUUGAGAAUGGGGAAGCACGACCAGCUCUCGCAAUGGCGUUGUUUACUUCAGUGAAGUUACCUAUGCCAGCCAAAGUGGAUUUGUACUGGGAUGAUCAAACAACAUUUACAGCGAGAUUGCAACAGCUCAAUCAGGAAGUAGUGCUGUCGCUGUCUCUGUGUCGUGUCAUACGGAGAAUCACGGCCGUUCUGUUACAUUCGACCCGCGAAAGAUCAACACAAGGGGAUUACACAGACUUUCUCCCCUUCUUUACACCGGAUCUUCCCUUAGAAGAACUAGAGGACUGGCUCAAGAUCUAUGAUGGAAGUCUGAUGGCUGAAAGUAGGCAAAACCGGAUUCAUCUGCUGUCCCCCGAGGGUUUUGUUAGAAGCCCUGCGCUUCAUUUUAUCCCCCACAUCUUCAGGAGAUGGAUUCGGGACCCGGAUUCAAAGGGACUCUCGAUCGAAUGUCGACGAUUUGAGAGAAGACGAAACCUCAUACAGCGAGCGAUAUUGACCCAGCAUAAGUCCUUGGAAAACCCCUCACGAGCGGUCUGCAUAGUUGCCGCAGAAUGCACCAUCGACCUCUUGCCCUGGGAGCUGAGCCAAACCAGCCUCCUGAUUCCGCCGAUGAUACAGCUCCUGCACCGACAAUUGAUGGCACAGGCUUUGCGUCUUGAGCUUUUCGAAGACGCCCCUGAGAUCAGCUUGGAUACUCUUGCAGAGGCAAUCACAACGCCGUCUUCUCGAUGGACAGUAAAUUACCAGCGACUGGAAUUUCUGGGUGACUCGCUUCUCAAGUUCAUUGUCUCCACGCAUCUCUUCUACAAACAUCCUCAAUGGCACGAGGGCUACCUAUCGAAGCAGAAGGAUCUGCUGGUCUCAAAUGAGAGACUGACGCACGCGGCCAUAACUGCUCACUUGGAACAAUUCAUCUGCAAAGAUUUCAUCACGCGGAAACAUCGAGCUUUUUGGCCGAAACAAGGAGACAUUGCGAGGGAAAUGAUUCCAAAAAAGGUUUAUGCUGAUGUAGUAGAGGCUCUCGUAGCAGCCGCCUAUGAGCAUGGUGGACUUCCACUGUCCCGAAAGCUUGUUGGCAUUUUUCUACCGGAGCUUUCUGACUUCGCUUCAACGCCGAAACAAUCGCCAAAGCAAAAUGGACAAUUUCCGGUUCAUUUGGAAAUGAAGCUUGACGCAUUUCUUGGGUACAAGUUUACGAAUCGGUCUCUACUCUGGGAGGCACUUACACAUCCGUCAUGGCAAAGAGACCAAUCAACUUCUUCUUAUCAGCGGCUUGAAUUUCUGGGAGAUGCAGUUUUGGACGUUCUCGUUGCAAAGAUGCUGCAUUCUCUGUCUCCUAAGCUUGCAGAGGGCCGAAUGACAGAGCUUCGAGCCGCUUUGGUGAAUGCCGACUUUUUGGCAUUCCUUUGUAUGGAGUCAGCCAUGGCUGAGCCCAGUUGCCCCAUAGUCACGGCGGACAGUCCCGAAACCUUCGCACGAGCGAAAAAUAUCGCAUUAUGGAUGUUUAUGCGACAUGACUCUCCUGAUAUAGCCAAACUCUGGACUGAAUGUGCCAAGCGGCAUGGCAUGCUUGGUGAAGUAGUCAAAAAGAAGCUAGAAGGCGAUGAUUCAUACCCUUGGGGCACGCUUGCUCAACUGGGAGCCCCAAAGUUCUACUCGGAUCUUGUUGAGAGCACCAUUGGAGCUAUUUUCAUCGAAAGCAAAGGAUGCCUGGAGACAUGCGGACAAUUCUUGAAGCGUAUCCAUUUGGUUGAUUACCUUCAGCGGUUUGUGAGACAGAAUGUACGACUAGAGCACCCCAAAAGCGCUUUAAAUCGUAUUACUGGUACCGACGAAGUCAAAUUUGAGAUUGAGGAUACAGCAGAUGGACUGCACAAGAUCUCUGUUUGGUUGAAAAGCGAGAAGAUCGCGUCUAUUGAUAGCUGUUUCUCUCGGGCCGAAGCAUUUGUGCGAGGUGCCGAUGAGGCAGUGGUGUUGUUGCUAUCACGAACUCGAGAUCAGUGA